AUGCCCAUACAAAUCGAAACUCUUAAUGGAAUUGCUUCCAAGGAAUGUGCCGACAACGCGCAGUCUUCCCUCUCUUCACAACCGCAAUGGGUGGUCCAGAAAUUCGGUGGAACGAGCAUAGGAAAGUUUCCAACGAAGGUGAAAGCCGCUAUCAUCGGAUCUCAGCGGCUAGGUGAAGCCCGUGUAGCAGUUGUUUGUUCCGCUCGUAGUGAUGCAAGUAAAGACACUGGAACCACGAGUAGGCUUUUCCGGGCAAUUCAUGAGGCACAGCUACCGGGCUCAAGAGAUUUCGAGGCCAUCAUUGCGACAAUCAAAGAUGAGCAUUUCAUGGCCGCAGAGAGAGUCAUAGGCGUUGUCGAAAUCGUUAGCCAGCUCUUUCAAGCGAUCGAAGCGGAGCUUGCGAAGGUUUCGAUGGUCUUACGCUGUGUUCAGCAAACUCAAUGCUUGAGCGAGCAUGACAGAGAUUUCAUAAUAAGUAGGGGAGAGAAGCUGAGCUGCUUGUUCUUAACGGCUCUUUUCCGUUCUUUGAAUGUCACCGCUGUCUGCAUUGAUUUAUACGACCUUCUUGCAUCUUAUUCUAAAGAUGUGUCACCCUCGCAGCAAGUAGACAAAUCGCUUUUCGAAGCGAUAACGCAGGAAAUCUCGAGUCGCAUUGAUCGAGAUUGCAAGCAUGGCAUACCGAUCAUCACUGGGUUCUUUGGGGGCAUGCCGGGAGGCUUGCUAAAAAGUGUCGGCAGGGGAUAUUCUGACCUCUGCGCAGCAUUGGUCGCCGUUUCGCUGGGAGCCCAAGAACUGCAGAUCUGGAAGGAGGUUGAUGGUGUCUUCAAUGCAGAUCCACGUAAGGUUCCUACAGCCUCCUUGCUGAAAUCCAUCUCUCCAUCCGAGGCUGCGGAACUUGCUUUCUAUGGAGCAGAGGUCAUACACCCCUCCACUAUGGAGCAUGUCAUGCAGGCAAACAUCCCCAUUCGGAUCAAAAACGUCAUGAACCCUGGAUCUCCAGGAACAAAGAUUGAACCCGUCAAGGCGGAUCCUGUUCAGAAUUUCUCCGUCAAACCCGUGAACCGCAACACCGGCGGUUCCAAGGAUCUUCCAAUCAAACCAGUCGCGGUUAGUGUUAAGCAGGACAUGGUCGUACUGAACAUCCAAACACGCGACCGCUCCUGUAGCGCCGCUAGCUAUCUUGCAAAGAUCUUCGCAGUUGUGGAACAGCAUAACCUGAAGAUCGAUCUCAUCUCCUCGAGCGAGAUGAACGUGUCACUAGCUGUUCGCUCCUCCGAAGGACAAACUGUGGCACCAGUUCGUAGAGACAGCUUGAACGAAUAUGAGACAGUCUCAAUCACGGACCUUGACCUUGCUUCUGCUCUUCAAGCCUUUGACCGAUUCGGCACCGUCGAUAUUCUUGCCAAUAUGGCUAUCAUCAGCCUGAUUGGCGAUGGCCUGAAGCAGAUGACAGGAACAAGUGCGAAGUUUUUCAACGUUCUCGCAGAUAAUGAUAUAAACAUUGAGAUGAUCUCACAAGGUGCAAGCGAGACUAACAUAUCGGCUGUUAUUGAAGGCCAAAAGACGGAUAAGGCAUUGAUUGCGAUACACCGUAGUUUAUUUAGCAUAGUGCCUGAAACUACCUACCCGCGUAUUGCCGGGGGUAAGGGAUGGUAUCUAGGUGCGUAA